ACCGCUCGCUCGCUCGCUCAGCCGUGGGCUGGGCCAUGUCCCCCCCACCCCUCCUACAUGAAGAGGGCGGCACAGCCGCGCCCAGCCGCGACACCACCACCGUCUUCAGCUGCCCGCGUCUCUUCCUGCACCCCCCGCUGCUGCUGCUGCCGCUGCUGCUGCUUCUCAUCAUCGCCACCGCCGCCGUCAUCUUGUUGUCCGCGUCCCGACCGAUCGAUCGCGACAUCGUCGUCUCCGCCGCCGGCGGCAUGGCGCAGCAGUACGUGACGAGCAAGGUGCGAGCGGACAAGGUGGUGGUGUUCGUGAAGCGCGGCUGCCCCUUCUGCACGGCGGCCGAGGCGGCGCUGUCCAAGUACCACUUCCGCAGCGGCGCGCUGGAGGUGCACGACAUCGGCGGCGAGCAGGCGGUGGCGCAGAUUCAGGAUUUCUUCCUUCGCACCACCGGGGAGAGAACGGUGCCGCGCGUGUACAUCGGGGAGAAGUGCAUCGGCGGCGGCUCGGACACGGAGGCGUUGGAGCGCAGCGGCCUGCUGCAGGGCAUGCUGCAGGAAAUAGGCGUCCUGCAAUGAAGGGCGCAGCACGGGAGUCUUGGACGUUCGCUGCGGAUGUUUGAGUCUACCAGCAUCCGCUGCUGUCGCUCUGAGAAGGUGGUGGAACGGAAGAGAGGAGCUACAACUUUGAAAACUUGGGAAACACCGCGCGUUCACUCCCGUUGUGCCUCUUACUACGUGUGCCUCUUACUACUGGGACUCCUGCUACUCGCGCGCGGCUGUGCUGCUGUACGGCUCUCCGCUGCGUUUUCUUGUCAUACCGGGUGUUGUUUCGCCACGACGUCCGACGUUCCGCCGCAUGUGCCUAGGUGGGAACUUGCAACGUGCGGAGCGAGAUGUCCCAACGUUUCCCAGCACUGUGGAGCGAAACGUCGGACGAUAUGCUGAAUGAGUUGUGAGCAGCAACUCCGAACACAACAUCGGAGGCCCCUUGCAAUUAGCUUGGCGCGCAAGCUCAAAUUAGUUGGGAGGUUGAAACCGCGGUAGUUUUGUCGCAUUUACACAAAGCGUAGUGUCUCACAAGAAAAUUGCUGGCAUAAUCACAGUGAUUCAGUUUUCAAAUGAAAGUCACUUUUUGCACUCGCGAAACAUGCAACAGGUCAUACGAGUAAAAUCAAUUGUUAUCUGUUCUUGCAAAUUGUACAAACGUUUUUGCAUUCGGCUUAAACACAAUUUGACACUACGGGCGGGGACAUCUGAGACGCGACAAACGAGACGGUGCGAGUGAGACGACGGGGCAAGUGAUGGUGUGACUCAUGACAAAAUCGCCCCUGUGAUUGAAAUUAAAACAAAACAUCCCAUGAAUUACUGGGGUAUGAGUCAUUGUAUCCCUGAAGAAUUGCGGUUUGUUUCUGCUUUCCACCACUGCCUUCAUACAUUGCCUUGGAGCAGAGGAACUCCUGCUUCUGGCCUUGGCUGCCCAAAACAAAACGGAUGCUAACCGGUGCAAAGGAGGUGGUAACAGGCAAGGGUUGGAUGGUGUGGAAGGGGACGGGUGGAAUUUGCAGGAACUCAAUUUCAGUGAAAGAAUAAAAAACACAUCGGAGAGUCGUAAAUCACAACCCGCGAAAACACUCGUUUCCCAUGCUCUGCGCGGUCGUAGUAGAAGAUGCGUUCCAAGAACGGUGCGCACAAAGCGAAACCGCACGAGACAGCCACUUGCCGGGUGGCGCGUACGAUAGACGCACACUGUCCUACGUCCGACCGCACAGCCGCAUCUGAGUAAAUUAAAACCGCAAAAUGUAGCGAAUUGUGGGUAGAAAUAGGUUAGCCGCGCAUAAUACAGCGUAACAUCGCGCAAAACGAACCCACAUAGAGCAAUGCGCGUGUCGUCAAUCCUCCUGCACUCCAAUUAAUAAGGUUGUCACGCGGUUACCGCAUCAUUGGGCGUGCAAGGCACUUGGCGAGCAUCUGGUGAUGGGUGGGUUUGAACAAAUUGUCUUUUCUUAAAUCUAAAAAGGUUAUUUCAACAGUUGUAUCUGACUACGUGUGUCAACGUGAAUUUUGUUAUUUUAAUUGGCCCUGUUCACGUCAUUUCAAAUUGUCUUACAUGAAAAAAGAUGUUGCUUUUGAAAAUAAAAAAGGUAGCUUCAUAAUUAUUGAAUGUUUACAUUUAACAUCCGGUACUUCAAUGAAUUAACGAGUUGGGUAUUUUUUCGUCUUGUUAAAUUUUUUUUUAAAUGUGGUGUGAUUGGAUUGUUAGUGUUAAGCCCAAUGUGUGUCCAAUGAUGCAGGAAAUUAAAUUACACAUUAUUUAAAGUUCAGAUGUACCAUGUGCACUGUCAUCAUUAUCGUCAUCAGCCAUGAUCAGUCAAUUGCUGGAUGAAGACCUCACCCAAACCGUCGCUAUCUCUCGUGAUCCUACGUUGUAAUGUUCCAUAACAGCACCCAUAUAUAAGCCGAUUUCAUUGCUCCAUCUCUUCUAUGGAUGUUACCUUAGACGCGUUCCUUUCCUUGGCUUCCGGCCAUGAUCAUUCUCCUUCCAGAGACCUCAACUUCCAAGACUCCUAGUAUGUAUUGCACUGUAUUGUCCAAUAACUGCAUGUAUGCAAUGUUUAAGUGACAAAUUCUGCAUAAAGGAAUUUUAGGACGAACUGAAA